UCUUUAUCUAUUUAAUUAUUUUAAUAUAGAUAAAAUCUUUAUGGCGAAAUCAACCAAACAGUUAGCAAGACUAUAGUUUGAAAUUUCUUUCAGUCAACUAACAUCAUUUAUGUGACGCAAACAUUCCUGCAUGUUAGUGUAAUGUACGUUGGAAGUGUACAAGUAAGAUGGAACUGGGUUUAUUGAGAAAGCGUCCACUUGAGGAAUCUCCUUCCAGAAUUAUUAAGAAGCAGCAGCUUUCAAAUAGUCAGAUAUUCUCAUACCUUAUUGUUAUCGACUUUGAGUCAACUUGUUGGGAAAAUGAUAAAUACAGUCCUCAAGAAAUAAUUGAGUUCCCGGCUGUGCUACUUAAUACUAAAACUGGGCAAAUAGAAAGUGAAUUUCAUUAUUACUUACAACCUACUGAACGACCAGUACUGAGUGAAUUUUGUAAACAGUUGACUGGAAUUAAACAGGAAUUGGUAGAUAAUGGCAUCCCUCUAUACAACUGUCUUCGCAAGUUUACAGGAUGGUUGAAUAAGCUGAAUGAAGAUAAAGGUGUUAUUUGUGCUGAUGACAACCCGAAUCCUGAGGGUGCUACUGUUGCUGCCUUCCUCACUUGGUCAGAUUGGGAUCUAGGAGUUUGUCUUCUGUAUGAAGCAAAAAGAAAGCAAAUAAUGAAACCAUCUGUUCUCAAUCGAUGGAUUGACUUGAGGAAAACAUACAAGGAUUUUUACAGUCGUAAACCUGAUGGCUUAAGCGGAGCGCUCAAAGACUUGGGUAUUUUAUUUGAUGGCAGGGAACAUUCAGGUCUUGAUGAUGCCCGUAAUACAGCCAAAUUGGCUUGGAGGAUGAUUUGUGAUGGAUGUAUUAUGAAUAUAACCAAAGUUAUUAAGAUGAACAAUGUUUCUACAUCUUUACAAACAAAGCCUGCAUGUUCAAAUGUACCAAAAACACAUUUUCAAGGAGCCAAUGUUCCAUUUCCUAUUGCACUUGAUAACGACCAAGCCACUAAUGUAAAGUUGUCAAAAGAUCAUGAUCAUCAUCAUCAAACUAUGUCAGAGUGUAUUGUGAUACCUCAACCUAAUGACUUGUAUCUUUCAAAAAGGACUGUUUUAACAAACUUGACAUAUGCCAAUACCUCAAAAUAUAGUAUGACAUCACCAAGUAAGGAAUUUUGUCAAAUGAAAAAGAAAAUGUUAACAGACUCAACAAACAUCAUAAACUCUACCAAAUCUUCAAAUAAAGCUGUUUAUCUUUCCAAUACAAGCACAAAGAAAACAGAAGCAGUUAAAAUCAACCAGUUCCAAAGCAAAUUACCUGUCCUGAAGCCUGACUUGAAUGUACAGAAAGCUAAGAUUCAGACAAUGGACUCAUCAGUUAAGACCCCUCAGUGUUUUCACAGUUCUGACAGUCGAAUGAGUACAAGCAAGACAAAAGACUCACUCACAUCUCACUUAGCAAAUUCUCAUUCUUUGGAAAGGAAUAAUUCAAGCAUGCACCAUUUAGAAGACCACUCUACUCCUACAGGUGUGCUUAAAUUACAAACCUGUGCUAAUCCCAGGCAGAUCUUUAAUCAUACAUUUCAUCCGUCUUCUUCAUUUACAGCCAUUAAGUCUAAAUCUAACAAUGUGUCUUUAUCCGAUUUCAAAACUCCUACAAGCAUCAGGAAAUCUGUUACUGUGCAAUCAGCAUUCAAACGGCCAAUGUCCAUUUGUACCUCUGACAUGAAGAGAACGCCUCCAUUGUGUUCAUGUGGCCGCAGAUCAAAGAGACGAUUGGUUCAGAACCAGGGCCCAAAUCAAGGGCGCUGGUUUUUUACGUGCUCCAUAUCUUCAUUCCAGGACAAAGCAAAAAGUGGAUGUAAAUUCUUUCAAUGGGAAAUUCCUUUAUUAUAAAUAAUGUUCGCUAUUCUUACAAUUUUGCAUCAUAUAAAUUAGUAAACUGUAUCUUUGCUGUAAAACUGAUUAUUUUCAGAUUUCACAGCAAUUAUUUGUAAGAAAAAACUGGGUUAUAAAACUGCUUUUGUUUUUACAAUAAAAUGUUUAUUUUUUAGCAAUAGUUAAUUUGUAAAAUAAAGUUUUAAAUAAUUUGUAUGAAUGUAUAGGAAAACUGGUCAGUUCAAUUGGGUGACAUCAUAUGACACUUGUAAAACUGUUAAAAUGGUUAGUUUAAUAAGAUUUAGUGUAUAUAGUGUUUAUAACUUUUUAUUUCAAAAUGACUCACAUAGGUGGCCCUUAUGUAAGUUGGGUUCAUUUCUUAUCAGCCUGUGAACCAUAAUACUGUUGUUGUUUUUUACACUUAUAGAUUAGAUCAUUUAAUUUAUUACAUCAUCAGUUUGUGUGCAGGAUUUAUUAAAGUAAAAAAAAUGACUGGUUUAAAAUACAAAACUUAACCAUGCACUACUGUUAAAGACUUUGAUUAACUCUUUUUCUCCAUAAUUAUUUACCACAUUCUGGUGGAAUCAACGCUGGUAUCGUCAGUUAGGAGAGAAAGAGUUAAAUCUUGCUAUUUAAAUUUUUAGCUUUAUUUGUAUUUCAAUGAUUUGCAUCAUGAUUUGUAAACGAAUAUGCAUUGAAAAUGUCUGGCUUUAAUGGAUGUAAACACAUAUUACAAGUUUUAUGCAAACUGUUUUUAGUAUUGUGCAGAAAUAAAGGAAUUAGGAAACUGAAGUUUUUAAAAAUA